AAAAAGAAACCUUGAUUGUGAGGUUUAUUUGAAUUUAUUGGGAUUUAUUCAUUGCAUUGAUCAAUUUUUAACUUGUUAAAUAACAAUUAAGGAAACGUCAUGGGUUUCAGUCAAUCAGCCAAUCAGUUUGAAGAAGCUUUUUAAUGUUAUGCUUUCUUUUUCACUUCUAGCUUAGCAACUCACUUUCAAACUCAUCUUCAUCAUCACUCACACAAAACCUCAAUACAUUUACCAGUUGAAUCUAUCUUUUUUGUUUUUGAUUUGAAUUAUAAUCAAUUUAUUAUCCUAAGGUGAAAAUUUAGCUAUACUGUCAUUCAAUUAAUGUUACCAUCUACCAUAUUCAUCAAUGAGUUAUAAGGUUUAUGGUUUAACCUUACUAUUUGUGUGCAUCUUAUUUACCAUCAAUCUUGUUGAGGCAUCAGUUGGUGAUCAUCUGUCUUAUUUUCGUAAAUGUUUGACCAAUUGUUUGUCAUCUAAUUGCUCAUCUCAACACAAAUUACUGCAAUUUUGGGAACAACAACCUUUCUACCUCAAUAUUACGCAAUGGAGCUGUGAGGAAGAAUGUAAAUAUCAAUGUCAAUGGUCAACUAUUGAUUUUCUUAUCAAUGAUUUGGAAUUGGAGCGAAAUCUUUUACCCCAGUUCCAUGGAAAGUGGACCUUCUAUAGGAUCUUUGGGAUACAAGAGCCUGCCUCAGCAUUUUUCUCUCUUCUUAAUUUGGUCUCUACUUACCUAGCUUGGACUCACUAUGCUAAACGUAUCCUUCAGGAAAGCUCAUCCAAUGAUUCAAAUGAAGAAUCAUCUGCAGCCAUUAUCGAUCCUUAUUUUUUUGUAAUCACAAUCAAUGCUAUAUUGAGUAUGAAUGCUUGGUUUUGGUCAACUGUUUUUCACGUUCGUGAUACUCUUUUAACAGAAAGACUGGAUUAUUUCUCGGCGUUUUCAACCGUUUUAUUCUCUUUCUACACCAUUGUUGUCAGGAUGAUAGACGAACAUCUUGAUUUACCUGGGAAAAGAUCAACCAUUCACAUGUCAUUGUUGGCUCCUUUCAUAAGUUACUAUUUAUACCAUGUAUAUUAUCUUAUUUUUGUACAAUUCGACUAUGCUUUUAAUAUGAAAGCUAAUCUUGUAGCAGGCUUUUCCAGUUCUCUCUUGUGGUUGAUCUGGGCUUAUAAGAGACUUUCUACUAUUCCAAUUUCGCAAUUAAAAGGCCAUCAUGUUGUCAAAUGUGUCAUAUCUAUCGUACUAGUCAAUUGUCUCCUCAUAUUUGAAAUUAAUGAUUUCCCUCCGCUUUUUUUCGUUUUGGAUGCACAUUCGAUUUGGCACUUCGGAACCAUUUGUCUACCCUUCAUUUGGUUCGAUUUCCUGGAAAAAGAAGCCCUAGAACGUCAAUCAAUGAAGGGAUCAAGUAAAGAAGCAAUAUCAACAAAACCUCAUUCUAACUAAUGCAAUUUAACCGAUUCGGACCAAGCUCAACUUUCAAGCCAAAAUAGAUUCAAUCUAUGACAAAUUAUUGGAUAUUUUUCGCAAAUUUCUGUCACAUGACAAAUUUUUUAACCCUUGCCACCUCUUCAAAUUUUUCAUGCAAGCUGCAUGAAUAAUCCGAAGUAUCGUCCAGUAGAAAUAACCUGAUCACAUGUGUCAAAAAUGUGCAAUCAUUUUAAGAUUACCAUUCUAAUCACAAUGCUAAUAACUAGAAUCGCUCAUUAACAAGUGCAAUUCCUUCACUAUAUUCUCUCCAAAAGGACAGAAUCUUAUCGUAUUUUCAAAAAAAUUAUGCCAAAAUAUUAAAGAAUUUUUUGAAUCAU